AUGCUGGUGAUCCUGCUCAACUGCGUGACGCUGGGCAUGUUCCACCCCUGCGAGGACAUCGCCUGCGACUCGCCGCGCUGCAGGAUCCUCCAGAGCUUCGAUGAUUUCAUCUUUGCCUUCUUCGCUGUGGAAAUGAUCGUCAAGAUGAUUGCGCUGGGGAUUUUUGGGAAGAAGUGCUACUUGGGAGACACCUGGAACCGCCUGGACUUCUUCAUUGUCAUCGCAGGGAUGCUGGAGUACUCCCUGGACCUGCAGAACGUCAGCUUCUCAGCAGUCCGCACCGUCCGCGUCCUGCGGCCGCUCAGGGCCAUUAACAGGGUCCCCAGUAUGCGCAUCCUGGUGACGCUUCUUUUGGACACGCUGCCCAUGCUGGGGAAUGUCCUUCUCCUCUGUUUCUUUGUCUUCUUCAUCUUCGGCAUCGUGGGAGUCCAGCUGUGGGCAGGUUUGCUCAGGAACCGCUGCUUCCUCCCCGAGAACUUCAGCAUCCCCUACACAGUGGAUUUGGAGCGAUACUACCAGACAGAGAACGAAGACGAGAACCCUUUCAUCUGCUCCCAGCCCCGGGAGAACGGGAUGCGCUACUGCCGGAGUAUCCCGACACGGAGGGAAGAGGGUCUCGAGUGCACCCUGGAUUAUUAUUCCUACAAUGACACCACCAACACGUCCUGUGUCAACUGGAACCAGUAUUACACCAACUGCUCUGCCGGGGAGCACAACCCCUUCAAGGGAGCCAUCAACUUCGAUAACAUUGGCUACGCUUGGAUUGCAAUAUUUCAGGUCAUCACACUGGAAGGCUGGGUAGACAUCAUGUACUUUGUCAUGGACGCACACUCCUUCUACAACUUCAUCUACUUCAUCCUCCUGAUUAUUGUGGGCUCCUUCUUCAUGAUCAACCUCUGCCUGGUGGUGAUAGCAACGCAGUUCUCUGAGACGAAGCAGCGCGAGAGCCAGCUGAUGAAGGAACAACGGGUGCGCUACCUGUCCAACGCCAGCACCCUCGCCAGCUUCUCGGAGCCGGGCAGCUGCUAUGAUGAACUCCUCAAGUACCUGGUUUACAUUGCCCGUAAAGGCAGCAAGCAGCUUGUGGAGGUCUACCGGGUGGCGGGUGUGAGGAUGGGCUUCCUCACCAGUCCCGGGAGCAAGGCGGGGACUGACCGGCGCGCUGGGAAGCGCCGGAGCAGGAAGAGGUCCUCCGUGCACCACCUCAUCCACCAUCAUCACCACCACCACCACCACUAUCACCUGGGCAAUGGGAACCUGAGGGCACCCCGUGCCAGCCCGGAGAUCAGCGAUGUGGAGACCAGCUCGAUCCACAACGGGACCAACCGGUUGAUGCUCCCCCCCUCAGCACCAAACCCCCACGGGGCCCCCAGCGCCACUCCCAGCAACACCGAGUCCGUCCCCAGCAUCUACCACCCCAGCACCUCCCAUGAGAUGCUGAAAGAGAAGAACCUGGGGGAGGCAGCGGUUGGUGCUGGGAGCAGCACCUUGACAAGCCUCAACAUCCCACCUGGGCCGUACAGCACCAUGCACAAGCUGCUGGAGACACAGAGCACGGGGUUCUUUUCAGUCCACGUUACAGAGAAAGGCGAUGGCUUUCCAGGUCCCUGCCAAAGCUCCUGCAGGACCUCCAGCCCCUGCACCAAGCUGGAUGGCGGCUCCUGCAACCCUGAGAGCUGCCCUUACUGCCUCAAGGCGCUGGCAAGCGAGGCCGAGCUGACGGACAACGAGACGGCCGACUCGGACAGCGAGGGGGUCUACGAAUUCACGCAGGAUGCCCACUACAGCGAUCAGCGGGACCCGCAGCGGGGCAGAGCCCGGGCCAGGAGAGCGAGCCGGGUGCUGGCCUUCUGGCACGUGGUGUGCGAGACCUUCCGGAAGAUCGUGGACAGCAAAUAUUUUGGCCGUGGGAUCAUGGUGGCCAUUCUCAUCAACACGCUCAGCAUGGGGAUCGAGUACCACGAGCAGCCGGAGGAGCUUACCAAUGCCCUGGAGAUCAGCAACAUAGUCUUCACAAGCCUCUUUGCCUUGGAGAUGCUGUUGAAAGUUCUUGUUUAUGGUCCUUUUGGCUACAUUAAGAAUCCAUACAACAUCUUUGAUGGGAUCAUCGUGGUGAUUAGCGUGUGGGAGAUAGUGGGCCAGCAAGGUGGGGGGCUCUCGGUCCUGCGGACCUUUCGGCUCAUGCGAGUUUUGAAGCUGGUCCGCUUCAUGCCUGCCCUCCAGCGCCAGCUCGUAGUCCUCAUGAAGACCAUGGACAACGUGGCCACGUUCUGCAUGUUGUUGAUGCUCUUCAUUUUCAUCUUUAGCAUCCUGGGGAUGCACCUCUUCGGCUGUAAGUUUGCUUCAGAGCGAGACGGUGACACGCUGCCCGACAGGAAGAACUUCGACUCCUUGCUCUGGGCCAUCGUCACCGUCUUCCAGAUUUUGACCCAGGAAGACUGGAACAAGGUCCUUUACAACGGCAUGGCAUCGACCUCCUCCUGGGCUGCUCUCUACUUCAUCGCUCUCAUGACGUUUGGGAACUAUGUUCUCUUUAACCUGCUGGUGGCCAUCCUGGUAGAGGGUUUCCAGACAGAGAAAGGCAAACUGGGAGUGCAAGAACAGGGUGAUGCUUCCAAGUCUGAUUCCGAGGGGGAUCUCUUCCCCCGUAGCCUGGAAGAGGAGGGAGGACUUAAGAAAAACUUGUCGAAUCCAGCCUUGAUGGCCCUGAGCGACCACCCAGAGCUGAAGAAGAGCCUGACCCCCCCCCUCAUCAUACACACCGCUGCCACGCCGAUGCCCAUGCCCAAGAGCGCCGUGUUCGGCGAUGCAGCACAGGGCUACGAGUCCCGCCGGGCCAGCGGCGUCUCCAUGGACCCUGCUGCCUACGAGCUCAAGUCCCCGGUAUUCACGUCACCUCCUCGUUGGGUUUACGGGACUGUCUGUCCGUCCAUCCGCCCUGGCUGGCGCAGCAUCGGCCGGGCCCCCAGCCUCAAGCGUCGGGGUCAGAGCAGCGAGCGCAGGUCCCUCCUCUCCGGGGAGGGGAAGGAGAGCUCGGAGGAAGGGGAGAGCUCGGACGAGGAGCACUCCAGCCGGGCUGGCAGCUUCAAUGGCUCUUUGCCUCAUCGCAUGGAGUCGCUGGAAGCAAAGGGCUCCUUUGACCUCCAGGAUACUCUGCAGGUGCCCUCCCUGUACCGGACCAGCAGCAUGCACAGCAGCCGGACCUCCGCCUCCGAGCACCAGGACUGCAACGGGAAGACCUCUCCGGGCCUGCUGCUGCACCAGCUCCACCUGGAUGACCUCCGACAGGACUGCGAUGACUGCGACGAUGAAGGCAACAUGAGCAAAAGGGACCGCAUGAAGGCAUGGGUACGGGCACGUCUCCCCACCUGCUGCAAAGAGAGAGACUCCUGGUCUAUCUACAUCUUCGCCCCUCACUCAAGAUUCCGUCUGAUGUGCAAUAAAAUCAUCACGCACAAGAUGUUCGAUCAUAUCGUCUUGGUGAUCAUUUUCUUGAACUGCAUCACCAUUGCCAUGGAACGACCCAAGAUCGAGCCUCACAGUGCUGAACGGAUUUUCCUAACGCUCUCCAACUACAUCUUUACAGUUAUCUUCCUGACUGAGAUGACAGUUAAGGUGGUGGCACUAGGCUUGUGUUUUGGGGAGAAAGCCUACUUGAAAAGCAGCUGGAACGUGCUGGAUGGGGUGCUGGUUCUCAUCUCCGUCAUCGACAUCCUGGUCUCAAUGGUGUCAGACAGCGGCACAAAAAUCCUGGGGAUGCUACGAGUUUUGAGACUGCUGAGGACUCUGCGGCCCUUAAGAGUUAUUAGUCGAGCCCAAGGACUGAAGCUGGUGGUGGAGACUCUCAUGUCAUCCUUGAAGCCCAUCGGGAACAUCGUGGUCAUCUGCUGUGCCUUUUUCAUAAUCUUUGGGAUCCUGGGAGUUCAGCUUUUCAAAGGCAAGUUUUUUGUCUGCCAGGGGGAGGACACCAGAAACAUCACAAAUAAAUCGGAUUGUACAGAAGCAAGCUACAAAUGGGUCCGGCACAAGUAUAAUUUUGAUAAUCUCGGCCAGGCCCUGAUGUCUCUCUUUGUUCUGGCCUCCAAGGACGGGUGGGUGGAUAUCAUGUAUGAUGGCUUAGAUGCUGUAGGAGUUGACCAGCAGCCAGUCAUGAACUACAACCCAUGGAUGCUCCUCUACUUCAUCUCCUUCCUGCUCAUCGUGGCCUUCUUUGUCCUCAACAUGUUCGUGGGUGUGGUGGUGGAGAAUUUCCACAAAUGUCGGCAGCACCAGGAGGAGGAAGAAGCCAAGAGGCGGGAGGAGAAGAGGCUUCGCCGGCUGGAGAAAAAGAGAAGGAGUAAGGAGAAACAGAUGGCUGAUCUAAUGCUGGAUGAUGUAUUAAUGGAGAGCUCAGCCAGUGCAGUGCAAGAAGCACAGUGUAAGCCCUACUAUUCAGAUUACUCCCGCUUCCGCCUCCUGAUCCACCAGAUGUGCACCAGCCACUACCUGGAUUUGUUCAUCACUGGAGUGAUCGGCCUCAACGUGAUCACCAUGGCCAUGGAGCAUUACCAGCAGCCAAAGGUUCUCGAUGAAGCCCUGAAGAUUUGCAAUUACAUCUUCACCGUUAUCUUUGUCCUGGAGUCUGUUUUCAAGCUUGUCGCCUUCGGGUUUCGCCGCUUCUUCCAAGACAGAUGGAAUCAAUUAGAUCUGGCAAUUGUGCUGCUGUCUAUCAUGGGCAUCACUUUGGAAGAGAUCGAGGUGAACGCUUCGCUACCAAUUAACCCUACUAUUAUCCGAAUCAUGAGGGUUCUCAGGAUUGCUCGAGUGUUGAAGUUGCUGAAGAUGGCUGUAGGGAUGAGAGCCCUGUUGGACACCGUGAUGCAAGCGCUGCCGCAGGUGGGGAAUCUGGGUCUUCUCUUCAUGUUGUUGUUUUUCAUAUUUGCAGCUCUUGGAGUGGAGCUGUUUGGAGACCUUGAGUGCGAUGACACACACCCCUGCGAGGGGCUGGGACGGCACGCCACCUUCAGAAACUUUGGGAUGGCCUUUCUGACUCUUUUCCGAGUAUCCACAGGAGACAACUGGAACGGGAUAAUGAAGGACACGCUGCGAGACUGUGACCAGGAGUCCACCUGCUACAACACCGUCAUUUCACCCAUCUACUUCGUCUCCUUCGUGCUGACAGCCCAGUUUGUCCUGGUGAACGUGGUGAUCGCAGUGCUCAUGAAGCACUUGGAGGAGAGCAACAAGGAGGCUAAAGAGGAGGCAGAACUUGAAGCAGAACUGGAGAUGGAAAUGAAGACAAUCACCCCCGGCCAACACAGCCCCUCGGACAUCUUUGCAUGGACAGGCAGCACCAGUGGAGAGAGACCUGAGAGCCCCCGAGGAAGUACCAAUCCCAUGCAAAUCAAGGUGGAUUCUCAGCUCUCAUUAGUUUACCGUAUGGAAAGGCACUUGUUUGAUACCAUAUCACUGCUGAUCCAGGAAUCUCUGGAAGGAGAGCUGAAGCUGAUGGACAACCUGUCAGGCUCUGUGUGCCAUCAUUAUGCCCUCCCAGCUCCUGAAUAUUACAACUCUGAGAACCAGGCUGUUCUCCGCUCCAAAGAUGACACGCUGACUCUGUCUCCCAGCAAGGACUUGCUGAGCGUGAGAAAGCCUUCGGUGGGGCGCACCCACUCUUUGCCAAAUGACAGCUACAUGUUCCAGCCACCGUACUCCGGCCCCUGCCCUGCCUCCCUGGGUGAGAGGAAUCCGGCACAUCACAAGUCCCAGUCAGGUUCAAAGGCGUCGGUGCAGUCACAGCCGGCGGACACCAGCUCUCUCCUGCAAAUUCCAAAAGAUCAUUUUCAGCACAUAAGAGCUCAUGACCAUUUGAUGAGGGAGAGCAAACCCCAGGUUUCCCGGCAGAUGCACUCUCCUUCUGCUGAAAGGCUGCUCCGCAGACAGAUGGCUAUAAGGAAUGACUCUUUGGAUAGCAAGGAGAAUCUCCACACCGAGGUGAGUGAACUCUCUGACCCAAAUGUCCCCGCUGUGCCCAAGGAGGAGUCAUCGGUGGCUCUGACACCCUCAGAAGUGCAAGAGUUGGCUGCAUGGAGCCGGGCAAGUGUUCGUACGCAGCAGCUUUCCCACAAUCAGUAUAAUAUUUCAAAGCAGGCACCAGCAUCGUGUGCUUGUGCAGACUCAUAUCAGGAGACACCUGGAGAUUCAAUGGACCAAGAAGUAUCUGAAAUAAACAGCUCCUCAGAGCCUUUCGCUUCAGAAACUUGUACAGCCUCGAGUGCCUGUUCAGAGGUUCAGCCUCUCACUCCUAAGAGGAACAUAGGCAAUACUGGCAACGUUAUGUUGAAGGACCUGAAGAAAUACCACAGUGUAGACACCCAGGGUCUUCUAAAAAAACCUCCCUCUUGGUUAGAUGAUCAAAGGAGACAUUCAAUAGAAAUUUGUUCAAUGGAAAACAGCCCUCAGCACCAUUCCACAUCUAGCUCUUCUGGCUUCAUAAGUCAGGUGGUAAGUGAAAUGGAAGGCUUGCAAGGAACACGGCAGAAGAAAAAACUGAGCCCUCCCUGUAUAUCUAUAGACCCACCCGAUGGACAGAGUUUGCUACCUAGGGGACCUCACAGCAUCUCACCUGCCGGCGGAGACAUUUGCUUGAGACGGCGUGCUCCAUCUUGUGAGUCCAAGGAUUCGAUGGAUAUAGGGGAUUCGUUGCUUCCAGACAGUAUGUCAACAUCUCCUACCCCAAAGAAAGACUUGUUGACACUUCCUAGCUUUUCCUUUGAUCAAACGGAAAUGGACCCCUGA